GCUCCUUAGUUACUACUGGUGUAGAUUCUGGUUGCUACAUCAUGUCCGGACGUGGGAAACAAGGAGGUAAAGCUCGCGCCAAGGCCAAGACCCGCUCCUCGCGAGCCGGGCUCCAGUUCCCGGUGGGCCGAGUGCACCGCCUGCUCCGCAAGGGCAACUAUGCCGAGCGGGUUGGAGCUGGGGCGCCGGUGUACUUGGCGGCGGUGCUGGAGUACCUGACGGCCGAGAUCCUGGAGCUGGCGGGCAACGCGGCUCGCGAUAACAAGAAGACGCGCAUCAUCCCGCGCCACUUGCAGCUGGCCAUCCGCAACGACGAGGAGCUCAACAAGCUGCUGGGCAAAGUCACCAUCGCUCAGGGCGGCGUCCUGCCCAACAUCCAGGCGGUGCUGCUGCCCAAGAAGACCGAGAGCCACCACAAGGCCAAGGGCAAAUAAGGCCUUAAUUCAUACUUCAACCUCAAAGAACAAAGGCUCUUUUCAGAGCCGCCCACCAUUUCUGUGGAAGAACUGAGCACUUUUGUAAAACCUGCCACGAAUACCUGGUUAAGUUUACAAUAUGUAAAAAACGUAGUUUUCCUUUGGAACUGACCAGGCACGUGUUGACUUUUAAGGUAGAGGCCUGUUUGAAGUUUACUCAAUUGCAAACCCAUGAACUCACCCGCCUUUAUUGUCUCCCCGGGACGCAUUUGGGGUGAUUACUUGCUCCAGCAAAUGUACUAAACCAUUUUUAAAAUUUGUCUCACUGGAACCCAGUGGUCCAUUGGCCAACUAAAACUCCACACUCAAAAGCUCUUUUCGAAAGAGCAUUUAUAGGAAAACACCUAAUCACUAGUCAGUGUAAACCUCUCUUCCCUCAGGCCUGCUGAUAAGUACACAAUUUACAUGUUAAAGUCCAAUCAGCCGUUUAAUUGCAUCACAACCCAUUAAUGAGUUGAGAUAAUCACUAGUAUUUAGUCAAGCCCACAUCAAGUAUCCUCCCUUCCCUACACAACGCUGUAGCCCAGUUCUGUGUUCAGGUGCGAGAGUGUAUAUUGACUUUACUUUGAAUUAUUUGGUACAUUCAUUAAAAACAGA